UCACUUUAAAAAUUUAGUCCAUAAAAUUUUGGUCCCAACAUGUCAAAUCAAGAUUCACAGCAAACAACUCGACGGAAACUGCACGUGAGUUUUCCCUUUAAACACUGCUGAGAGUCCGAGAAUGGCUCACCGAACCUCUUCUUUUCCUGAAGCGUUGCUUCAGUUGGGUUUCGUUAGCACCAACCAUUAUUUUCAUCGCAAUUUCGAUUUUCCAGAGUCCCACAAUUAAUUUGGGCUUGAAGUUCCAAGUCAUUUGGGGAAAAAAACAAGAGAGAGAAGAAAAAUGUAUGAAAGUGAAAGUGGUGACAUUGAUUGGGAAAAUGAACUGAGAAAGUUUCAGAAUGCAAUAGCCACAGGGACCAAGUCCAAGAGAAUCAAAGCCAUGUCCAUGCUUGCUCGUUACUCCAAACACGCCCCUGAACAUGUAUUGGCUCGCACCAUACCCUUUCUUAUGGAGAUCCUUGGCCACAAUAACCGUUCAAUUGAUUCUGCCAAUUUCUCUCUUCAAAUGGCUUCAGCUUAUUGCUUGAAGUGCAUAGCUUGCAGGAGUGACGAGUUGGUAACUCAAAUGGGUGCAAACGGUGCUGCGCAAUUGCUUCUGAAUUUGUUGCCUCAUUCUGAUGGGAUGUUUCUGAAAGUUCUUGUGAAAUGCUUGUUGGUUGUGGUUGGUUUUUGUAACACAAGUAGGGCUGUUGUUGCUACUGCUGGUGGGUUAGGUAUCAUUGUAGAUAAGUUGAGUUCUUGCGAGGAUCGGGGAAUUCGAAGGUAUUUGCUGGAGAUUCUGAGUUUGUUGGCGCUGCGGCGCAAUGUUAGGAGGGAAAUAGUUAGGCUUGAUGCUCUUCACUAUGUUGUGGAGGCUGUUGGUGUUGGUAGUAUGGUCUCCAGAGAGAGGGCAUGUCAAGCAAUUGGAAUGUUUGGAGUUACAAGAGAAGGUAGGCGGGCUGUUGUUGAAUUGGGUGCAAUACUCCCAGUUGUGGAGCUAUUUUGCAGCGGAGAUCACACCACGAAGCUUGUGGCUGGGAAUACUCUUGGUGUGAUCUCUGCUCAUGUUGAUUGCAUUAGGUCAAUUGCUCAAGCUGGGGCUAUCCCCCUUUAUUCCGAGCUUCUUGAAGGGGGCGAUCCUUCUGGUAAGGACAUCGCGGAGGAUGCAUUUUGCGUGUUGGCUGUUGAUGAGGCUAACGCCAUCGAAAUUGUUGGGCACUUAGUAAGGAUCAUGAGAGAUGGUGAUAAUGAGGCGAAGGCUGCAGCUGCUAAUGUGGUGUGGGAUCUAUCAACUUACAACCACUCAAUACCAGUGGUGCGCGAUUCAGGCGUGAUUCCGGUACUUGUUGAGCUUUUGGGGAGUGGAAGCAAUGACGUAAAGGAGAAUGUUUCUGGUGCAUUUUCUCAGAUGAGCUAUGAUAGGGUGAAUAGAAUUGCACUUUCCGAUGCUGGGGUGGUUCCAAUCUUCAUUGACUUGUUGCAUGAUGAUUUUGAGGAACUAAGGGAUAAUGCAGCUGAGGCUCUUGUCAAUUUUUAUGAAGAUCCAUUGUACCAUGAUAGUGUAUCUCAUAUAAUUGAUGUUCCUUCAUUCAGAAGCAUGCAGAAUCGGCUGGCUCAACUUCGUGAAACGAAUGAGCGUGCUCCUGUAGAAAGAAUGAAUAUUGAUCUUCCCGCUUGGAAUUCAGAUCAAAUAACCUAAGGUUUUGUUUCGAUCUCUGUGUUUCAUAGUAGUUUGAAUCUCUAGUUGUAUAAAUAUAAAUUAUAUAGUAUGGUAUAGAUGUAUAUUGUCAUGAGAAUGAGGAGAGGGGUUAUUUUUCCCCUGCAUUCUCAAGAGAGAAAUUUCCAUGUAUAGAAUAGAAAGAAGACAAUCUUUAUAUCUUGCUACUGUACAUUUCAAGAUGUUUAUGAAAGAAUAAACAAAGAAAGAUGAUUGUAGAACCAUGUACUUAUGGUAA